UGGUGGGGGGGCCAGAGCCACAGGAUGGCUUCCCCUCUGAGGGACGAGGAGGAGGAGGAGGAGGAGAUGGUGGUGUCGGAGGAGGAAGAAGAGGAGGAAGAAGAGGGCGACGAGGAGGAGGAGGAGGUGGAGGCGGCCGACGAGGACGAGGAGGAGGACGACGAAGAGGGAGUCCUCGGGCGCGGGCCGGGCCACGACCGGGGCCGCGACCGCCACAGCCCCCCCAGCUGCCACCUCUUCCCGCCGCCGCCGCCGCCGCCGCUGCCGCCGCCGCCGCCGCCGCCCCCGCCGCCAGAUAAAGAUGAUAUCCGGCCGCUGCCUUCAGCACUGGGUGUGAAGAAGAGAAAGCGAGGACCCAAAAAGCAGAAGGAAAACAAGCCAGGCAAGCCCCGGAAACGCAAGAAGCUCGACAGCGAAGAGGAAUUUGGCUCAGAGCGGGAUGAGUACCGGGAGAAGUCAGAGAGCGGCGGCAGCGAGUAUGGAACCGGACCAGGUCGGAAGCGAAGAAGGAAGCACCGAGAAAAGAAAGAGAAAAAGACGAAGAGGAGGAAAAGGGGAGAAGGAGAUGGGGGGCAAAAGGUGGAACAGAAGUCCUCGGCUGCCCUGCUUCUGACCUGGGGCUUGGAGGAUGUGGAGCAUGUGUUCUCCGAGGAGGACUACCACACCCUUACCAACUAUAAAGCCUUCAGUCAGUUCAUGAGGUACAGGGGCACUGGGAAUCCUUUCAGACAAAUAGUUAAUAUUGGGGUGUGGGCUGGGCCUCUCUGGAAUCUGUUAAAAAUAUAUGAAAACGCUUCCCAGGGAAAUUCAUGGGAGGCAAGAGAUGUCUUAGUGGCCGCGGCCGCCGUCCGCGUCAGGCUAGCCGGGGCGGCGGCUGUUAGACAUGAGAAUCGCAUUCAGCGCUUUUGUGGCCUCGUCAGUCUGCACUCUACUUCGCCAGUACACACCCCGAUGGAAGGUGUGAGCUGGCACGUCCUGUUGCUUAAACGAACCCUGCCAGAAGGUCGUCGACUGCCCACGACACGCACCACGACUGCGAAGCGUCUAGAAAUUCUGCUUUGCCGCGUCGUAAUACACGAACACUCGUGCUCCCGUCCCGCAAUUCGACAGGGAAGGAUGUCCGAGAGGAACCACAGCAUUACCUCAUGCAAUAAGAGACCCCGACGUGACCUAAUCUACCCUACAAGCGCGAGAGCUGACCUGCUGGGAGAAAGUCGUCGAGGCGCUCGCAUGUACCCCUCUGGAGAGUCCUCCGGAUGCAGGGGAUAUGGAGAGGAGUUAAAGGUCAAGAUUUUCAUCCGAGUCUGCUUACUUCGAUUUAUUACUCACUCUGAGCGCUUUGCUAUUUGCAUCCUGAACACCGCGUGUAGUCGUGGGGUGGUCAUACUCCAUCGUCGCACUCUCAUAUUUGAGGGCGUUUAUGUGGUAGAGGCUCUUACUGGGUCUGUCGCGACGCCAGAGAAAGACAUAACGCCAGGAUGUGGAAUUACGUAUCUGCUAACGCCUCGAACACGUCAUGAAGAAGAAGUGGGGUUCAACAUGUGGGAGUGCCCAAGGAAGGAGGAGGAGUAUGCAGCACGAGAGGCAGGGGAGGGUGAGCGCCGCAAGGCGAAAGGAGGAGAGAGGACCAAGACAACCUAUGGAGUCGCUAAAGAGUCUUCGCAGCCAAGCACACCUCGAGUCUAUCGGCGGCGUGCACGUCACUCCCGUCUCUGCGCACCAGAUAAAGUCGGCAGACGUUAUCUUCACGACGAGACAGCUGGUCGCGUGGAGAACAAUCCAUGGAGUCGUCUAUCUCUACCCUGGGUGCUGAGGGUCAGAAGCCGGGUUCCUUCAACGCUGGGCAGCAAGUUGUUCCCAUCCACGGAGCCAUCCUCACGCUCCUCUUCACACGCAAUUCGGCCAGAGGCCACACUAAUGAAGCGGAAACUGUGGAGCAGAGAGGACAAUAGGAUCGUACCUGCCACUGAACACGCCUACAGGACUACGGCUUCCGGUGAGGACGACGGAGAAGAGGCGACCACAGCGCAGAGAGCCUACUGCCGCUACUAUUUACAUACCAUCCGAGAUAGGCUGACCAAUGGCAGCCAGACAAUUCGCAAGUUGAGCCUCUGGCAGAGUGGUGUGUUGACGACAACAGUCUCCCGGAGGUCUUUUAUUAAAAGUCGGGGGCUCCGGAGGACCAGGCCUUGCUCAGACGCCCACUCUUUCCUCAGUGAGCUAAUUAUGGGGGAGGACCCUGCACAGCCUCGAAAGUAUAAGAAGAAGAAGAAGGAGUUACAGGGAGACGGGCCUCCCAGCUCACCUACUAAUGACCCUACAGUGAAGUACGAGAGCCAGCCUCGGUUUAUCACAGCCACAGGAGGCACACUGCACAUGUACCAGCUGGAAGGCCUCAACUGGCUGCGCUUCUCGUGGGCCCAAGGCACCGACACAAUUCUGGCCGAUGAGAUGGGCCUGGGCAAGACCAUCCAAACCAUCGUCUUUCUCUACUCACUGUACAAGGAGGGCCACACCAAAGGUCCCUUCCUGGUGAGCGCUCCGCUCUCCACCAUCAUCAACUGGGAGCGAGAGUUCCAGAUGUGGGCGCCCAAGUUCUAUGUGGUCACGUACACGGGUGACAAGGACAGCCGGGCCAUUAUUCGAGAAAAUGAGUUCUCCUUUGAGGAUAAUGCCAUAAAAGCCGGGAAGAAAGCUUUUAAGAUGAAGAGAGAGGCCCAGGUGAAGUUCCAUGUUCUCCUGACGUCGUAUGAGCUGAUCACCAUCGAUCAGGCAGCGCUUGGCUCCAUCCGCUGGGCCUGUCUCGUGGUGGAUGAAGCUCACCGUCUCAAGAACAACCAGUCCAAGUUUUUCAGGGUCCUCAAUGGCUACAAGAUAGACCAUAAGCUGCUGCUGACGGGCACCCCACUGCAGAAUAACCUGGAGGAACUCUUCCAUCUUCUGAACUUCCUCACUCCAGAGAGGUUUAACAACCUGGAGGGCUUCUUGGAGGAGUUUGCCGACAUAUCCAAAGAGGACCAGAUUAAGAAACUGCAUGAUUUACUGGGGCCACACAUGCUGCGGAGACUGAAGGCGGAUGUCUUUAAGAACAUGCCGGCUAAGACGGAGCUCAUUGUCCGAGUGGAACUAAGCCCCAUGCAGAAGAAAUACUACAAGUACAUCCUAACUCGAAAUUUUGAGGCCUUGAACUCAAGAGGCGGUGGGAACCAAGUGUCGCUGCUUAACAUCAUGAUGGAUCUUAAGAAGUGCUGUAACCACCCAUACCUCUUCCCCGUGGCUGCCAUGGAGUCCCCGAAACUCCCCAGUGGGGCUUACGAGGGUGGGGCACUCAUUAAGUCAUCAGGGAAGCUCAUGCUGCUGCAGAAGAUGCUUCGGAAGCUGAAGGAGCAAGGACACAGAGUACUCAUCUUCUCCCAGAUGACCAAAAUGUUAGACCUUUUGGAGGACUUCCUAGACUACGAAGGCUACAAGUACGAACGCAUUGAUGGCGGCAUCACUGGCGCCCUUAGGCAGGAGGCCAUUGAUCGGUUUAAUGCUCCUGGUGCCCAACAAUUCUGCUUCCUCCUGUCCACCCGAGCUGGAGGCCUGGGCAUCAACCUGGCCACUGCUGACACUGUCAUCAUCUUCGAUUCUGAUUGGAACCCUCAUAAUGACAUCCAGGCCUUCAGCAGAGCCCAUCGGAUUGGCCAGGCCAACAAAGUGAUGAUCUACCGCUUUGUGACGCGAGCGUCUGUGGAGGAGCGGAUCACGCAGGUGGCCAAGCGGAAGAUGAUGCUGACACACUUGGUGGUGAGGCCGGGCCUGGGCUCCAAGGCCGGCUCCAUGUCCAAGCAGGAGCUGGAUGACAUCCUCAAGUUCGGCACCGAGGAGCUGUUCAAGGACGAGAAUGAGGGGGAGAAUAAGGAGGAGGACAGCAGUGUGAUCCACUAUGACAACGAGGCCAUCGCUCGACUGCUGGACCGAAACCAGGAUGCAACUGAGGAUACUGACGUGCAGAACAUGAAUGAGUAUCUCAGCUCCUUCAAGGUGGCCCAGUAUGUUGUGCGUGAAGAAGACAAGAUCGAGGAGAUCGAGCGAGAGAUCAUCAAGCAGGAGGAGAAUGUGGACCCCGACUACUGGGAGAAGCUGCUGAGGCAUCACUAUGAGCAGCAGCAAGAAGACCUUGCCCGAAACCUCGGCAAGGGGAAGCGGGUUCGAAAGCAAGUUAACUACAAUGAUGCGGCUCAGGAAGAUCAAGAUAACCAGUCAGAAUACUCAGUGGGGUCAGAGGAGGAGGAUGAGGACUUCGAUGAGCGUCCUGAAGGUCGUCGACAGUCGAAGAGGCAGCUCCGCAAUGAAAAGGACAAGCCGCUGCCUCCACUGCUGGCCCGAGUGGGCGGGAACAUUGAGGUACUGGGAUUCAACACCCGACAACGGAAGGCAUUCCUUAACGCUGUGAUGCGCUGGGGGAUGCCACCUCAGGACGCUUUCACAACACAGUGGCUAGUGCGGGACCUGAGGGGCAAGACCGAGAAAGAGUUCAAGGCCUACGUGUCUUUGUUCAUGCGCCAUCUGUGUGAGCCGGGGGCAGAUGGCUCGGAGACCUUCGCUGAUGGGGUCCCCCGGGAGGGGCUGAGUCGCCAGCAGGUGUUGACCCGCAUUGGAGUCAUGUCUCUGGUCAAGAAGAAGGUGCAGGAGUUUGAACAUAUCAACGGGCGCUGGUCAAUGCCGGAGCUAAUGCCCGACCCAAGUGCCGACUCCAAGCGCUCUUCCAGGGCCUCCUCCCCGGCCAAGACGUCCCCCGCCACGCCCGAGGCUUCUACCACCAACAGUCCUUGCACCUCUAAACCUGCUACUCCCGCCCCAAGCGAGAAAGGAGAUGGCGUACGGACACCUCUCGAGAAGGAUGACACGGAGAACCCAGAAGAGAAGCCGGAGAAGAACAGCAAAAUGGGGGAAAAGAUGGAGACAGAGGUUGACUCUCCCAGCCCAGCCCCGUCACUUGGAGAGCGGCUGGAGCCAAGGAAGAUUCUGUCAGAGGAUGAAGCACCAGGACUGCCUGGAGAGGUGGAGCCUGAACCUGGGUACCGGGCAGACAGAGAUAAGUCUGCCUCAGAGCCAACGCCAGGAGAAAGGGGGGAGGAGAAACCACUGGAUGCCCAGGAACACAGGGAGAGACCAGAGGGGGAGACAGGGGAUUUGGGCAAGAGAGCAGAGGAUGUAAAAGCAGAACGGGAGCUUCGACUUGGGCCUCCUCGAGAUGAGCCACGGUCCAAUGGGCGCCGUGAGGAGAAGGUGGAGAAGCCAAGGUUCAUGUUCAAUAUUGCCGACGGUGGCUUCACAGAGUUACACACCCUUUGGCAAAAUGAAGAGAGGGCAGCUAUUUCCUCGGGGAAACUCAACGAGAUCUGGCACCGACGACAUGACUACUGGCUUCUGGCUGGGAUUGUCCUUCAUGGCUAUGCCCGGUGGCAAGACAUCCAGAACGAUGCUCAGUUUGCCAUUAUCAAUGAGCCCUUUAAGACCGAAGCCAAUAAGGGGAACUUCCUGGAGAUGAAAAAUAAGUUCCUGGCCCGGAGGUUCAAGCUCCUGGAGCAGGCGCUGGUGAUCGAGGAGCAGCUGCGGCGGGCGGCCUACCUGAACCUGUCCCAGGAGCCGGCGCACCCCGCCAUGGCCCUCCACGCCCGCUUUGCCGAGGCCGAGUGCCUAGCCGAGAGCCACCAGCACCUCUCCAAGGAGUCGCUGGCAGGGAACAAGCCGGCCAACGCCGUCCUGCACAAGGUUCUGAACCAGCUGGAGGAGUUGCUGAGCGACAUGAAGGCGGAUGUGACCCGCCUGCCAGCCACGCUGUCCCGAAUACCCCCCAUCGCAGCCCGCCUGCAGAUGUCCGAGCGCAGCAUCCUCAGCCGGCUGGCCAGCAAGGGCACAGAGCCUCACCCCACACCGGCCUUUCCUCCGGGUCCUUACGCCACACCGCCGGGGUACGGGGCAGCCUUCAGCGCCGCUCCCGUCGGGGCUCUGGCCGCCGCAGGCGCCAAUUACAGCCAGAUGCCUGCAGGGUCCUUCAUCACAGCAGCCACCAACGGCCCUCCAGUGCUGGUGAAGAAAGAGAAGGAAAUGAUGGCAGCCUUGGGGUCAGACGGGCUGGAUCGGAAGGAGCCCCGAGCAGGGGAGGUGAUUUGUAUAGACGACUGACCGGAUCUCAGGCCUGCCCUUCACCUAGGCCCCGACCCCGGAGCCGACCCACAUCUCAGGCCUUGGGGCCUGCUGCCAGCCCUCCCCCUCCCCCUCCC